AUGGAAGUGGGCCCGCAUACAUUCCCUCGGGAUUGGCCCGAUGUCUACUCGGAAAGCGAUGCCCUGCGGGCGCUUCUGCGACGCCGCGGGCCUUGCGCCUCGAAGCGUGUAAGCGUUGUCCCACUGCCAGAGGAGGAGCAUCUCUGCUGGGCAGAUGGCCUGGAAGUGUGGCCGUUGCAGAGCCGACGCAAUGCCGAGGCCGCUGCUGCUCAUGCUGGCCUGGCACUGGUGGAAGGCUGGGCCAUCUAUGAUCUCCUUGAUGAUGUGACUGGUGCAGCUUUUGUAGCGGAGAGGUAUUGGUGGAAUGCCACGGAGGAUGGAACUUGGGUGGAUUUCAGCCCAAGGCCUGAGAACAUGGAGCAACUGCUGCUGGCUGAGGCCUUGGCACCGGCCGAAGCUCGCGAAGCUCGAGAGGCGACCGUCCUGACGGCGGAAGCACAGGACUUGGCCGAACAUCUGGCGAAGCUCCGCUUUCCGAAGGCGCGGCGUGCGGGUCGGCGCUCGUGGCGCGUGGCGGCACCGGAGCCAGGCUCGCCGGCAAAGCCUCCCUCCGUUGGUGCUGGGAUGCCGACUGCCCAUGACGCACAGGUGUCGAAAGGUGUCGAGGAAAGCCCGAAAGCUGAGGCGGGCACGAAACCGGAAGAAGUAUCAUCUCCCGAAACCGACCAGGCGCCACAGGAGGUGAUCCCACCCUCGCCGGCAGAAGCCACCGCUGAACUCCUGGUUGCUAUGCCUCUGAAAAUGGAGGCGGAGCAGGCCGAGAGGCUGGCAAAGAUCCCACCUCUUUCCGCGGAGGAGUCCCGGACCAUCCUGAAACGAAUCAGGGAAUGCGACCUGACUGCCAUCGCCGAAGCUGCGGAAAGAGCCGAGGACGAUGACUCAUGCAUCCGCUUGAUCACCACAGGCCUGUCUGGUGCGCUUGUACAGCCACUGCGGCGUGGCGCCACCACUGCCUUCGCACUUUUGGCGCAGGUCGCGCGCAGGUCCAUGGAGAUGGCCGCUGGAGGAGCACAGCACAAGACUGUGGCGGAGUCGCUGAUGAGCUCAGAUGGGCUCCAGCCUUUGGUGGAUGCGAUCGCCUCGCCGGACAUCCGCAAAGCAGGCCUCGCCGCCGAAGCGCUCGGCUACGUUUGCUAUCGGCACCCGGUGGUGCAGGCACGUGCCGGCAGAGCUGGAGCAAUCAGGUCACUUGUUCGUCUCCUUGGGCGGCGUGCCGAGGGAGCUGCCAGGGAGGCUGCCUAUGCGCUGUGGAACAUCCAGGUGGGUCAGCGAGAUCAUGCUGCCACUGCUUUUCGAGAGGGUGCUGCCGCCGUUUUGCUGCCAAUCCUCUCAGCCACACUUGCCGAUGAGGUGCUUAUCAAUGCCUUGGGUGCCUUGACAUCCCUGCUGUUGGCCGCAGGAGCCCAGGAGGCAAUCGGUGCAAACGGCGCUGUAGAGGUGCUGUGCGACUACCUCGAGGAUGACCAUUCCCUUGCCGUCCGCGAGCGCGCUCUGGCGGCCCUGGCCAAUCUGCUCAGCGGACAUGGGGAGAACUGCCGGAAGGCAGUCUACCGAGCCAUGGCCAUACCUCGCCUGAUGCGCUUCCUGGAGGUGUCUCCCGAUGGUGAACCUCCAAGCCUUCUCGGUGCGGAAAACGCAGCAGCCGCCUUGGCCAACAUCGUAGCCACCACCGGGCCGAUGGCUGCUCAGACGGCGGUGGACGCAGGGAUCCUGCAGGUCGUUUCGCAGCUGCUCCAAUCCUCCGCUCGGCCGGCGCAGGCUUUUGGCUUGUUGGCCAACUUAAGUUGGCAGCUGCCGGAGUUGGGAGAGAAUGUCUACCAGAUGACUCCUAUCCAGCGAGUGGUGGACGUGCUGAAGCCACAUGAAGACCAGCCUCCAAGGGGCCGCCUCGCCGCAUUGGCCCUGGCCGCGAAUCUCGCAUCCCUGGGCCCUGCGAAAGCCAGGCUGCUCAGAGCUGGUCUGCUGAAGCCUAUGGUGACAGUCAUCGAGAGCUCUGGAGACCCGGCCUUGAAAGACAUGGCCGGGGUGGGCCUUGCCAACAUUCUGGAAGACAGCCCAGAGAGCGUUGCCAAGGUCUUUCUCGAGAUCCCAGACCUGCCGAGGAGGCUCGCUUUUCUGCUUACGAACAAGAAGCAGCCGCUGGAGACCAGCACCAGACGGCACCUGAUGCGAGCGAUCGCGUUACUCGCUUCGCGAGAGGCUUCGCGCGUCUCGGUGAAGGAGUCUGGCGCUCCGGAGGCGCUUCUGGCAUUGAUGGACCAGAGUGGCCUCGCGAGGGAGGCUUCCCGGGGCCUUUUAAACCUCGCGCCUGUGGCAAAAGACCGCGACAAGUUGCUCAAAAAGGGCAUUUUGCCGAAGCUGGUCACACUGCUCCGCUCUCCUGACGCCAGGGAUGUGGCUGCUGGUGCCUUGGCGAAUUUAACCGCCGGCUCCAAGGCGGCAGCAGUGGAAGCCGCGCGGCUCGGUGCCCUCAGCCUACUCGCGCCGCAGCUGAAGCAGGCAUGCGAACCGCAAGACGAGAACAUGAUAUACGAGGUCCUGGGCUUCGCUGAAAAUGAUGCCCCUGUCUGGAUCCUGGCGGCCAUUGCGCACAUAGUGGACCUCGUAGACACUCCUGGAGCGCGCCGGGAUGCAGGUGCAGCUGUUCCAUGCAUGUGCCUGCUGACUUGCCAGGGUGAGGGCAGCGUGAAGGAGCUCGGUAUCUUCGCUUUGGGUGCAAUGGCGAAGAGCCCGGAACUGCUGCGCCCUGCCGUGGCUGACUGGCCAGGGCUUCGCGAGGCCUGUGCGGCGAUGUCCGUGUCACCGCUGCUGGACCGUGCCAAGCUGGUGCAGCGCUGCAUACCAGCCUACUAG